GACUGUAAACGGAGCCCGAUCAGACGAGAGACGCAUGCGCUCCGUGGAUCAAAAUCGGCAGUGACUUCUAGUCCCUUUUGCCGCAAGGCACCGCGAUCAUAUAUUUUUACCGUGACAGCUCGCCGGCACGUAACACUACAUUAUACGGUCCCUACGCAAUCGAAAUUAUAUUGACAAGGCUAACAACACUACAAAACAUCGAUAUGUAACAAGAGUUUUUCCAUUGUUGCAUACAUACAUGAACACACUUGCAUACUCGCAUUCAAUACUGCUCUCCAUGCAUUCAUACGCUUGCUUACAUGUUUGUACGCUACUGUUGUAUGAUAACUUUAGGUACAUAUUAUUCGAUUGAUGGAUCUUUCAUUGGAAAUAUUGUAUACCGACAUUUAUAUCUCAUAAAUUUCUACAGAAAUUCAAUUGUCGUAUUAUAAAACGAAUUAAUAUUGUUCAUUGUAACAUUGAAAUGUUAAGUUGCAUUUAUUGUUUCUAAUUGAAAAAGAAAAUGACAAGCCAAAUUUUUAUUCGGAAAAUGAAAUGUUAUAAAGCUAUUAAACGUUAUUACAGAAACAAGUUGGGCUAUAAAGCCCAAGAUUAUUUAUUCGAUAGUUAAUAUUGUAAAAAUUAUUCAAUGAAACUGAAUCAUCUGAAAAUACAGUGUAGUGUAAUAACAUUUUCAAUAAUUGAUACUUGAUCACAUUUAAUCAUAAAAAGAUGCCAUUUUAUUUAUACAUAUAUUUAUUAUGUUAUUAAACUAAUACAUAGAUACGUACGCAUGUACGUACAUUGUACUUACGUAUUUACAUAUAUAUACAUAUGUUGAAUAUCCUCCAAAAAAAACACGAAGGCACAGUUCUAAUAGAGGUCGCUACGAUAAAAGUAGAAGCAUUUCAGAAUAUAUUACCAUCUGGAACAACAUAACCUUAAAGGGUGCCUUGAUAACCCGCUGUCGGCGGAUGAACUGUCAAUUCCGGUGCAUUUAGACAGAGCAUUUCGUGCCGUACCGUUCGCCAAAAAAUCUGGGAAAUUCGUGUCGACUGACCAGAGUCCACGAAUUUCCAGAGGUCUUCCUAUAUAAGUAAACUUCUCUGAUAAUUUUUAAAUAAGUGAAUUACUUUUAAUGCGCGACCGCACCCGUUUUUGAACGGUAACGUGCGGUGAUUCACAGAGAUAAUUCGCGGUUCGAUCGAACAUCCAUUCGAACGGUGUCGUAUGUAAAUUCGUUGAACCGCUCGUAAAAAUCAGUGACAAGAUGACAGAGGUACAUAACUUAGGUGUUGAUGCUAUCAGCUGUCAUGCUUGGAAUAAAGACAGAAAAGAACUGGCUAUUUGUCCGAAUAAUAAUGAAAUACAAGUUCACAAGCGUACCUCAAACGGUUGGAAAUUGCUACAGAACUUGCAAGAGCAUCAUAUGAAUGUCACGGGUAUCGAUUGGGCACCAAAUGCUAAUCGAAUAGUAACUUGUUCUGCAGAUAAAAAUGCAUAUGUUUGGUCGCAAGAGGAAGAUGGAAAAUGGAAUCCUACAUGGGUUGUUUUAAGAAUAAACCGAGCUGCGACAUGUGUAAAAUGGUCUCCAUUAGAAAAUAAAUUUGCUGUUGGAACUGGAGGUAGAGUGAUAGCUGUGUGUUACUUUGUCUCUGAGAAUAAUUGGUGGCAGUGUAAGCAUAUAAAGCGUCCAUUGAGGUCCACUGUAACAACAGUCGACUGGCACCCAGAUAACAAAGUUCUGGUUGCUGGAUCCACUGAUUACAAAGUUCGUGUCUUUAGCGCAUUUAUCAAUGAUAUGGAGGAUGCACCAGGGUCAAGUUCUUGGGGUCAGAGUAAUACUUUAGGAACAUUACUUGCUGAAUUCGAGAAUACUCCUAAUGGAGGGGGGUGGAUACAUUCUGUUGCAUUUAGUCCAUGUGGUAAUAAAAUCUGUUGGGUGGCGCAUAAUUCAUCUAUAUGCAUUGCCGAUGCCACCAAAGGAAAUGCAGUCAUACGGAUGUACACAGAACAUUUACCAUUUUUAAGUUUCGUUUGGAUGGGGUCCAAUUCCAUUGUUGCAGCGGGUCAUAGUUGUAUGCCCAUGUUGUAUCAUAUUGACGACAACGGUCAACCGUAUUUUGUAUCAAAGCUAGACAACACACAAAAAAAAGAGGCUGCGGGUUUGUCUGCUAUGCGGAAAUUCCAAUCGUUGGAUCGCCAAGCGAGAACAGAUACAAACGAUAAUGCCUUGGAUAGUAUACACCAAAAUACAGUUAAUUGCAUACGAAAAGUGUCUGAUAACGAAUUUAGUACAAGCGGUUUAGACGGUCAGUUGGUAGUCUGGGAUCUCAAGGUUAGUUUCAAUAACGUAUAUGCAGACCAUUCUUCGCACUGUAAAAUUUACCCACAAUGUACUUUUAUAAUUAAUUUCCUUUUAUCUGUCUUCUACUCUUUAGCUCCUCGAGAAUUCCAUUGCUGGUCUCAAGAUAGCAUAAGAACAAUUUUUUUUAUAUCCUAAAGAUGAAUGAAGAUAUUACAUCACGCAAAGAUGUAUAAAUGUUAAAACUGAAAAAUAUACAAUUUCUCAUUA